AUGGCUGGAAUAACAUCUAUUGAAGCCGUGAAAAGGAAAAUUCAGACAUUGCAGCAACAAGCUGAUGAUGCAGAGGACCGUGCCGAAACGCUCCAGAGAGAGGUUGAUGCGGAGAGACAGGCCAGAGAGCGGGUAAGAGACGCCUGGAAUAAACCGAUUAAUCCGAGUUGCAGCCUAUGAUGCACCAUUUCUAGGGGAGCAUGAAUGCAGCCCACAAAAUAAUUGUUUACACACGGAAUACAAUUACGUAAUAUCGCAAAGUCUAACUCUGCUGGUACACGGGGGGCUGAAAAUGUGGAGUGUUUUACGUAAAGUGUGCAUUUGGAAAGCUACAGCGGAGUCAGCAUACUCUAGUAAAUUACUCCAUGUUUUAGCUUACUCAUGGUCAUAGUCCUGGAGAGAGCCACGUAAGGUUAAUACCAGUUAAAGUAGACUAGCUCUUGGCAAAUGUUCUUCAAACGUUAGAUAUGCCAGAGUAGACUCCCAUAUGAACUCAAUACUUCACUAAAACUGGAUGUAAACACCUUGCAUUGAAUUGAAAGAUGCCCUAUAAAGGAGACUGUAAUUUGAUAUCUGUCCCUGUAUAGCCUGCUAACUUAAGUUACUAUUUAUCAUACUCUAUUAUUCAUCCUCUAUUCAGUUUGAAUGUGGACAGUGGCAGUCCUUCAAAAUGGAGGGUGGGUGUUGGCCAUGAUACAGUGCAUUGGGAAAGUAUUCAGACCCCUUGACUCUUUCCACAUUUUGUACCUUUACAGCCUUAUUCUAAAAUGGAUCAAAUAUAUUUUCCCCUCAAUCUACACACAAUACCCCAUAAUAAAAACAGGUUUUUAGAAAUUUUUGCAAAUGUAUAAAAAUAAUAAAACUGAAAUAUCACAUUUACAUAAGUAUUCAGACCCAUUACUCAGUACUUAGUUGAAGCACCUUUGGCAGCAAUUACAGCCUCGAGUGUUCUUGGUUAUGACGCUACAAGCUUGGCACACCUGUAUUUGGGGAGUUUCUCCCAUUCUUCUCUGCAGAUCCUCUCAAGCUCUGUCAGGUUGGAUGUGGAGCGUCGCUGCACAGCUGUUUUCAGGUCUCUCCAGAGAUGUUCGAUCGGGUUCAAGUCUGGACUCUGGCUGGGCCACUCAAGGACAUAAAGAGAUUUGUCCCAAAGCCACUCCUGCAUUGUCUUGGCUGUGUGUUUAAGGUCGUUGUCCUGUUGGAAGGUGAACCGUCACCCCAGUCGGAGGUCCUGAGCGCUCUGGAGCAGGUUUUCAUCAAAGGAUCUUGCUGUAAUUUGCUCCGUUCAUCUUUCCCUCGAUCCUGACUAGUCUCCCAGUCCCUGCCGCUGAAACACAUCCCCACAGCAGACGUGAAGCUUGGCAUUCAGGCCAAAGAGUUCAAUCUUGGUUUCAUCAGACCAGAGAAUCUUGUUUCUCAUGGUCUUAGAGUCCUUUAGGUGGCUUUUGGCAAACUCCAAGCGGGCUGUCAUGUGUCUUUUACUGAGGAGUGGCUUCCGUCUCGUCACUCUACCAUAAAGGCCUGAUUGGUGGAGUGCUGCAGAGAUGGUUGUCCUUCUGGAAGGUUCUCCCAUCUCCACAGAGGAACUCUGGAGCACUGUCAGAGUGACCAUCGGGUUCUGGGUCACCUCCCUGACCAAGGCCCUUCUCCCCCGAUUGCUCAGUUUGGCCCGGGGGGCCAGCUCUAGGAAGAGUAUUGGUGGCUCCAAACCAUUUAAGAAUGAUGGAGGCCACUGUGUUCUUGGUGACCUUCAAUGCAGCGGAAUUUUUUUGAUACCCUUCCCAAGAUCUGUGCCUCGACACAAUCCUGUCUUGGAGCUCUACGGACAAUUCCUCCGACCUCAUGGCUUGGUAUUUGCUCUGACAUGCACUGUCAACUGUGGGACCUUAUAUAGACAGGUGUGUGCCUUUCCAAAUCAUGUCCAAUCAAUUGGAUUUACCACAGGUGGACUCCAAUCAAGUUGCAGAAACAUCUCAAGGAUGAUCAAUGGAAACAGGAUGCACCUGAGCUCAAUUUUGAAUCUCAUAGCAAAGGGUCUGAAUACUUAUGUAAAUAAGCUAUUUCUGUUUCUGUUUUUAUUAAUUUGCAAAAAUUUAUAAAAACAUGUUUUCGCUUUGUCAUUAUAGGGUAUUGUGUGUGUGUGUGUGUGUGUGUGUGUGUGUGUGUGUAUACGUAAAAAUGUAUGCACACAUGACUGUAAGUCGCUUUGGAUAAAAGCGUCUGCUAAAUGGCAUAUUAUAUUGAUAAGGGAAAAAAGUUAAUUUAAUCGAGUUUAGAAUAAGUCUGUAACGUAACAAAGUGGAAAAAGUCAAGGGGUCUGAAUACUUUCCGAAUGCACUGUAUAUGCAUGGAAGUUGCUCUCUUGAUUGCCUACGAUUCUGUCAUUUAUGAAGUAGUGUUAUUGAUGUGCUGUUUUCCCAUAGCAAGCAGGCUAGACCUUGACAUGGUCUCUAUUCCAUCAGACGCUGUAAAAAGUUAGUUUCUGGUGAGCCAUGAUGCUAAUGGACAUGCAUCGUAAUGCCUACACUAGAGACCAAUGCUGGCUGUUGAGAUUGCUGCCCUUGAAUGAGCGCGCCUCAGUAGGCUAAUCCGUUUAUUGCCCACCUUCCACAAGGGUAUUGGGCUGUCAAUGGGAAUUAAGGUGUACAGCGCAUGAAUACGUAUAGAGAAGUGGCUGCACAUAAGCUGAUAAUGUUUGGCUGUAAUGAGCCCUUAACAAAAUAGCAUAGUCCUCAAUGUAUUAUCUGCUCUUUCUAGUUUUUUUUUUUUUUACAUGAAAGAAAUCCAUGGUUCAUUCAACCUUUUCCACACAAUUAGAUAUAAACCUCGCCUGAACACUAUAAUUGAUGGCUGGUCAUUUAAAUUGAACAAAUCACUGGGAAAUGAGCCAGUGUAGGGAGCUGAAAGGACGAGGGCCGCUUUUAUUGAGCAGGUCUCUCUUCCUGACUCCACUCCCUGUCUAGCCAGAGUCGCUGUCUGUAUUUCUCUGUCUAACCUCUGGCAGUUGAGCAGGUUAAUCAUUUUCCUGACCAGAGUUUUAGCUGAGAGAAAAUGGCCUUGGGUCUGUUCGGUCAGCUCAAAGUCACUCUACCAUUUUAAAGGAGUAGUUCACUAUUUUACAACAUGAUGUUAGGUGGUUCCUUACCCUGAAAGUAGGCUGUGAGUCAGGAGAAAUUGUAAUCCAUAGUUUGGUUUUCUUUAAACAGCCACUUCAAUGAUCAGCUAACUUUAGCCACAGCUAGCGAAAGAUCAAUGAUAAUGAUAGGGAGCCUGUGAUCCCCUGGGACCAAAAUCACCUGAAAUCAACUCCAUUAUUAUUAUUUUUUUUACAUGUUACUUAAAGUUGAUUAAAAAAAACAUGUUCACAUGCCCCUAUUAUUACCAUUGAUUAGUGGCUGUUGAAUGAAAACCGAACCAUGGAUUACAAUUACUCCUGGCGCAUAGAUGGUUCCUCACCUUGAAAGUAGUCUAAAAUCAUGUAACAUAGUGGAACAACUCCUUUAACAGAGCAACUGGACCUCAACCUUUCUGCCCACCAUGAUGGGAAUAUGACUAUCAUUAACGUAAACGGCUUUGAAGUGCACUCAUACACACGGAUUUAAGGACAUAUUUCAGUAAGGGACCAAGUUCACCUAAGGGGAGGAACACUGACUGUCAAUCAUACUACGGUAUGGCUUAGGGCCUCGGACAGAAAUACAAAAGUUGCUCAACAAAAGAGUAAUAAGCUUAUUGUUCCUGUUCGGUCCCAUUGCCAAACAAUCUACACUGAGAAUGUGGUGGUUCUCUCUGAAGCGGUAAUCUCUUAACAGUUUGCCUGGCACGAGUGCCACAUAUCAAUUAUUUGACUAAACUGAGCCAAAUGAAGUGCGGUAUUAACCGGUCCGAGUGAAAGGCUCUGGAAUGUCACAGAUGGCAUUCCACGGCUUCCCCGACGAAGGCCCAGCAGAAUGGUAACAGAUUUCUGGGAUUUGGCCGAGAGGGGGGGUCUGAUUAGCUGUCUUCUGCUGCCGAGGGGGGACAAUGGCUCUUUUGUUUCGCCGGCAACUCCGUCUGUAUCCCCAAGUGUGAACUUUAAGAAUGUGGUGCUCUCGCCAUCCAAUCAUCUGUCAUCAUCAUCUAGUCAUGGACUCGCUGCUUGAUCAGCCCCCCACCUGCAAGUCUUUGGAGAGUCGCUGCCUCGUGGAAAUGGACUGUUCUACUGAUAUCCACGUGGCUGAGUCUAAUGUAGUUCACGUGCUGCUGUCCAUUUUCAACGUUUACAGCAACCCCUUUGUUAGGCCAACAGUCUGUUGUUAUUAGGAGGCCUACAAUCUUAGUAUUACACAUUCUUACUACAAGACAAAAGGUAGAGCCCAAAAGCACCCACUUGAGGUAUCAAAAAGUGCAGAGUUAUUUUCUCAGGAAGGCCAAAGCUACAGUAGCAACAAACAGUGUUUCAGGGGUAAGGAGAAGCUCAAAGGGGCCCUAACUGGACAAAUAAAACUAUGGCACUGUCUUUACUGUCCCUUGUGACAUAAGGGAACACAUUCCUCCUCCAACUGCCUCAAUGCUGGGAUUGUCUGCGUUUCUCAUUAACUGUGGUAUGCCACUUGACUUCCCCAUAGAGCAAUGUACAAUCCAUCAGAAGGCCUCUGCUAAUCCAUUUACAUUUACAUUUACGUCAUUUAGCAGACGCUCUUAUCCAGAGCGACUUACAAAUAGGUGCAUUCACCCUAUAGCCAGUGGGAUAACCACUUUACAAUAUCUUUUUUUUUUAGGGGGGGGGUGUAGAAGGAUUACUUUAUCCUAUCCAAUCCAAUGAAUCAUAGUCAUUCUGUGUCAAGAAGAUUAUUUUCUAAAGCUUUCAAUGUUUUGAAAAGGUUCUGAAGAAAACAAUGAAAAGACAGUCAACAAAUGUGUUAAUCAGGAUCCAUGGUUACAGCGAGGGAAAAAAGUAUUUGAUCCCCUGCUGAUUUUGUACGUUUGCCCACUGACAAAGAAAUGAUCAGUCUAUAAUUUUAAUGGUAGGUUUAUUUGAACAGUGACAGACAGAAAACAAAGUUUGCCAAUGAACAUCUGAAUGAUUCAGAGGAGAACUGGGUGAAAGUGUUGUGGUCAGAUGAGACCAAAAUUGAGCUCUUUGGCAUCAACUCAACUCGCCGUGUUUGGAGGAGGAGGAAUGCUGCCUAUGACCUCAAGAACACCAUCCCCACCGUCAAACAUGGAGGUGGAAACAUUAUGCUUUGGGGGUGUUUUUCUGCUAAGGGGACAGGACAACUUCACCGCAUAAAAGGGACGAUGGACGGGGCCAUGUACCGUCAAAUCUUGGGUGAGAACCUCCUUCCCUUAGCCAGGGCACUGAAAAUGGGUCGUGGAUGGGUAUUCCAGCAUGACAAUGACCCAAAACACACGGCCAAGGCAACAAAGGAGUGGCUCAAGAAGAAGCACAUUAAGGUCCUGGAGUGGCCUACCCAGUCUCCAGACCUUAAUCCCAUAGAAAAUCUGUGGAGGGAGCUGAAGGUUCGAGUUGCCAAAUGUCAGCCUCGAAACCUUAAUUACUUGGAGAAGAUCUGCAAAGAGGAGUGGGACAAAAUCCCUCCUGAGAUGUGUGCAAACCUGGUGGCCAACGACAAGAAACGUCUGACCUCUGUGACUGCCAACAAGGGUUUUGCCACCAAGUACUAAAUCAUGUUUUGCAGAGGGGUCAAAUACUUAUUUCCCUCAUUAAAAUGCAAAUCAAUUUAUAAAAUUUUUGACAUUUGUUUUUCUGGAUUUUGUUGUUGUUAUUCUGUCUCUCAAUGUUCAAAUAAACCUACCAUUAAAAUGAUAGACUGAUAAUUUCUCUGUCAGUGGGCAAACGUACAAAAUCAGCAGGGGAUCAAGUACUUUUUUUCCCUCACUGUAUUUCAAUGGCGACAACACCUGAAAUAAAUGUAUGCUAGAUGGAUGAACCCAAGGGCAUAUUGAAGGAGGUUAUCCUUUGCAGUAGGAAACUUUGAUAUGGUUGCUUACACUGCAAUGAUUUGAUAAAUACGUCAGCUGUAAGCCUACCACAUGUAGCCUAGUAACCAUACCCCUGAUAGGUUUCCUUCCUCCCUGGCAGCUCAGUUUGGGUGUCUGGGUGAUAUGAUACACCAACCAGGCUUAGAAAGAUCUCUAAUGUGGAAUAAAUGGGGGCAAUUGGCAACCCAGAUACUCAUUUGGAGUGAAUGAACUCGACAGUGCAGUGUUAUCUUUAAAACAAAUAAUGCCUUUCUAGAAAGCUGUCAUCUGCCUAUGAUGUGGCGUCCACAUCAGUUUGGUUGACGGUACCCAAUUCCUGUGGGAUUAACUGACAAAGUUAUGAAAUGUAUGUACUGCGUACAUUGUACUUUUUUUGUGCAAGCUAGUGUGCAUUGACAUGAAACGUUCUGAACGUUUCCGAUAAUGGAGUGAAUAAAGCUAACACUGUUUUAUGUAGAACAGAUAUGAUGACUGUGGGUGAUGUAAAUAAGGCCCAGGAAACAAUUUAUAUUCAAACCUUGCACCCUCCUAAAUAGGCCAGUGGUGUUGUGCAGGGGUUAGUGCUACAGUAUGUUAUUGUGGCUGACUGAGCGUUUUCUCUCCCCCAACAGGCAGAGGCUGAGGUGGCUUCCCUGAACAGGCGUAUCCAGCUAGUAGAGGAGGAGUUGGACAGGGCCCAGGAGAGACUGGCCACCGCGCUGCAGAAGCUGGAGGAGGCCGAGAAGGCUGCAGAUGAGAGCGAGAGGUGGGACUUCCGUCUCCUGUUAUAGGUCAUGUUCCCCUGCGCCGACGUUGCUCGUGCAUGCCAAAUGUUACAACACCUGGAUAGGUAUUUUACGUAUCAGCUGACCACAUCAUGUGUUCUAGUAAUCUGAUGCCCGACGGCACGGUUGAUGACGUGGCACGCAACCAUUGGUUGAUGUCAUGCAACGUCUGAGCAUAGAUCACAACCAUAGUCCAGCCAUUCUGCUCCAGAGCAGGGUUUCCCGAUUAUUUCAGACUAGUAAUUGUGGAAGGAAGUAGGAGGAAAAGCUAGCUAAGACAUUCAACAAGCCCAAAUAGUUUUUCAGAAUUCCCUUCACAGCAGUUACUAUUAGCAUAGAAGAGUAGACGGGUCAGAAAGUAUUUUUGAUAUGAAAGAAAGUACACAUCGAAAGUAUGUUUCCCCCACCAUCACCCAUGACAUCUCUCUGUCCUGUUGCCUGUGGUGUCCCCCAGAGGAAUGGUGAUAUAGAACAGGGUUGGAGAUGGAGGUCCAUACUGUAGCUAACCCUGUGGUGUUGUUGCUCCAGAGGAAUGAAGGUGAUCGAGAACAGGGCGUCAAAAGACGAGGAGAAGAUGGAGAUCCAAGAGAUGCAGCUAAAGGAGGCCAAGCACAUUGCUGAGGAGGCUGACAGGAAGUAUGAGGAGGUAGGUGUCCUUCUGCCCUUAAGUAUUGAUUGCGUUCCAGGUUGUCUUUUUUGAAGGUUGCUAUAUCAUGUUUACUCUAGUUUCUGAGAUGUUACCUUUGACAGUGCGACUGCAACAAAGACAACCUGGAACGUGCCCAUUGACUAAAGCCAGACUACUGUAGAGCCGUGUCAUACAUGUUGGAAUACACCACUUCUCACGACUUUUAGCCCCUUUCACAAGCAUAUUAAAAUCUGAAAUUGUUUGGAAAAUGGAAUCUGUUGUGUUCCCUUCAUGGUAGCGGUAACACCUGUGGUGUUUAUUUAUAACAGUACACACACGUACACCCACACUGCACACCCCUUCCACCCUGUAGCAUCAGUUUAGCCUGCUACAUGUGGUGUCAGAGAUCAAAGGAGACUCCUCUGUAGAGGCCCCUCAUCCUUACCUCUGCCCAGGCCUCAUUAUCUUAACAUGGCAAGAUACAUUACCAAGGAUUCUAGCAGGUCUUAAACAUACCUUUUUGGUCUUUUCCUUGCCUCAAUAUUAUUUAUUUUCAAUACGUGUUGAUAUGUGGAAAACUCGUAAUUUCUACAGUAAACUUGUAGUUUUCAGCAUAACCACUCUGUUUCCCAGGAUCCAGAUUAAACAUAGUCCUGGACUAAAAAGCAAGGUCGAUCUCCGUUGAAUGUGAUUUUUUGUUGUCCAGGAUUAGUGUUAAUCUGGGUCCUGGAAACCGGCCGCCUAGUGUAGAGCUAAAUUUAGCUUGCUUAGCUAAAGGUCAUACACCGGUACCACGGUAUAGGGUGAAGUUGCCCCUAGAUGCUGAUCCUGGGCCAGUUUAGCAUUUUCCCCACUAAUGGUUAAUGUUACGAUUGGGGAAGGGGAAGCUGAUCCUAGAUCUGUACCUAGGAGUAACUGAUUAGCAGUUUAGCCUGUAGCAUAUGUUGAUUGCUCCUGGCCCGGGGCUUAGACCUGGAGGUCACAUGAGCCCACAUCCCAGAGGAUUACACUGACAGACAAAGUAGCUGGCUAAUGGACUUAUACAGAAUGAGACCUGUAAUUGACGGCUCUCCCUCGGAUCUCUCUCUCAGCCAGUCUACUGCACUUCCCCACUGACGGCACCAGCUACACCCUGGGAGCUGGCCACACAGUUUAUCAUGGGGGUUGUAGACCUGCCACUUCCGGUACACAGUAUAUAGGCCUACAGUUUGUUGGGCAACCUAUGGGGGUUAUAGGCCUACAGUUUGCUGGGCAUUAGGCAAUUUAUCUAUGCUUUUUUUGCUCUUUUUUUUUUUUACCCACCGCUACCGCCCCUCAUCGUAAGAACUUUUUAUUACAUUUUUAUUUAAAGAUUUCUCUUAAAAUCUUAAAGUUAAUCAAAAAAAAUUCUCCCUCUCCUCUUCAUCUUGUUUUUGACUAUUGAACGUACUGUUCAAUACAGAAUUUAGUUUGACGUGUUUGGACGCUAGUGCCAGCUUGAAGGUCUGUUUCUGCACGUUCUCAGUGCCACCAUCUCUGCUCAGAUGUUGCAUGGGAAAAGUUGCGUGUUUGUUGGAAGCGUUUGUCCUGUGUACUGUAACCUGUGUGUGUGUGUGUGUUGUCUGACUACAGGUGGCCCGUAAGCUGGUGAUCCUUGAAGGUGACCUUGAGCGCUCUGAGGAGCGUGCUGAGGUGGCUGAGGCGUAAGUUUAACCUCCUUCAUUACUGACACACACCGGAUGCAUCCCAAAUGGCACCCUAUUCCCUUUAUAGUGCACUACGUUUGACCAGGGCCCAUAGAGCCCAUAUGGAUCUGGUCAAAAGUAGUGCACUAUAUAGGGAAUAGAAUGGAAAUGUCCAUGGCUGAGUCCCAAUUCUGCACCCUUAUCCAGAAGUGUGCACUUGCACACUCCCCGUCAGGGAUUUAACAGCAUAUGAUUGGUGUAAGCAUUGGCUGGAGUGAGUUUUCACCAUUUUAAGUUUAUGCAAGAAAGUGUCCAAGUGCACACUUUGGGAGAAGGGUGGAGAAUGAAAACGCAGCGCUGCACAUCACACUUCAACAACUUUGUUAAAACCAACAAAUUCCUUGUAUUUACGUUCCAUUGAAAUGUGGUUGUUUAAGUCAAAUGUGUUGUUUAAAUGUGAAUGACAUGUUGAUGGGUCAUCAUUUACUAGCCCCCCCAUCUCUUACUUACUCGAGCACAUUUGGGAAUUUAUGCAUAUAUUUGACCUUCUAAUGCAUUUUGAAAUAUACGUUGAUGAGGCCUCUCCUGAAAAAUGAUGUUAAUGUUCAUUUGAAUUGUUGCAUGGACCCGCCUUCCUGUUUAAUAAAAUGACGCAUGAUUGGAUGGCAACUGAAACUAGCUAAUGACCGCAGUGGGUGAAUUGAUUUCGAUUGGCUUUACAACGGGGAGUCCAAUAGCCAUCCCUUUAACUGACAACAAAACGUAUUUAUUCCCAGGUAGUCCCAUGAUGCAUUAAUGUCCUAACCUUGUCCACCAGCAUUCUCUCUCUUUGUCGAACCGUCUUUUCACAGCGCCUCAGAACGGGACUUGACUGGAAGUCUAUGGCAGGAGUAGAUGAAACAAAAUACAAAACGCUGGUUUUAAUUGGCUGAUCUCUGUCCAUCACCAAUUACCAUCUAGCACAGGGAUGGGCAACUUUGAUGGGGGUGGGGGCCACAAAAAACUGGAACCCAUUAUGAGGGGCUGCAGUGGCUUGUGGGUCUGCGACCAUGCUUACUACAAGUUUAGUUAGCUGGCCGCUAGACUAACUUACCAAUCUAAAGUUUUUAGCUGACAUUGGGCUAAUUGAGUGACUGCUGAGGCACAACCACAUUUCUAAAUUGCACCUUGUGUAUUCUAUUAUUCUAACUCUGAACAGUAAGUUGAGACCCCGACUGAAUAAAUAUAUAUAAUGUCCGCAGGCCACCAGUUACCCAUCCCUGAUCUAAUAUAACCCUUAGAACCUCCCCCCUACAUUGUUACGUAAAAACACGAGCAGGGCAAGUGAUUUUAAACAAGGAAGUGAGUUUGGAAAAUCUUUAAAUUAUGCAUCUUAGAAAUAGUUUUCACAUAUAAACGGUAAAUGCCCUAACUCAGAAUCAAUUGGGCUUCCAAUUUGGUCAAUAAUAUGGUCAAUGUGAUAGAACACAUUUAUUUUUUUCACCCCCAUGUGGGAAACACGAGAGGAUGGGAUACACCGGAUGCACUAACAACAACAGGGCUCCUGGAUGUUCGUGUGUGUUCUCUCCCCUGUGUUUUAUGUCAUGCAUGCCUGAAUCCAACACCACCAACACCCCUCCACCUGGGACCACCUUACCUUGUGUGUGGGUGCCCUGACCCCCUCCUGUUCCCCCCCUACACCCCUACCUACCUGGCUGUGGACUAACCCAGUCGAGUCAGGGAGCUGGAGGAAGAGCUUAGACUCAUGGACCAGAAUUUGAAGUCCAUGAUGUGCGGAGAGGAUGAGGUACUGUCUGCCCCCCCGUACCAGGACAAACGUCCCGGUUCCAAACCUCUUCACUACCUGCUUCCUUUCUCCUCUCCUCUGGCUUGUGCUCUUGACUCCUCCCUCCAAGCCUCUCUGCCUCGCAGCUAUGCUCUAUGGAGGGCUUCCCUGGUGGUUGACGGGACAGUGUUGCUGUGGUACAAAAGGACCAAUGUCCUACAAGCCAUACUGUCCCUCACUAUACCUUCAACCUAAAGCCAAUGGGAUCCUUGAUGUGAUACUUGAGAUUAUACAUGUAUUUAUAUAUUUCCUAUACAUAGAGUAUACGAUUUUAUAUCUGUCAGAUAUUGUCCAUCAAGGAUCCUGAUUUAACCCUUUCAUCUGAUGGGUAGGUGACAUUAACCCCUUCAGGUAAGUGUGACAUUAACCCCUUAAGGUAAGUUAUAUAUAUAAAAAUUUUUUGCACCUGCACUCUCCUGCCAAGGCACUCUCCCUAAUAGGGACUGGGUUUGAGUAUCCAGACCAGGGUCUCCUCUGCCAUGUCCUCUCAUCCCUCAAAACGCUCUUUCUCCUUUCUUGUCCUACCCUCAUUUUCCCCUCCUCCCUCCCUCUCUUGCUGUUGCACAGUAAAUCUGGUGAUCUUGAGGAAGAGUUGAAAAAUGUCACCAACAACUUGAAGUCUCUGGAGGCCCAGGCUGAGAAGGUACUGUAGGAGAGGGGAAGGAAGCUGGGCCUGAAGGUACUGUAGGAGGAGCGAGGGGAAGGAAGCUGGGUCUGAAGGUACUGUAGGAGGAGCGAGGGGAAGGAAGCUGGGUCUGAAGGUACUGUAGGAGGAGCGAGGGGAAGGAAGCUGGGCCUGAAGGUACUGUAGGAGGAGCGAGGGGAAGGAAGCUAGGCCUGAAGGUACUGUAGGAGGAGCGAGGGGAAGGAAGCUGGGCCUGAAGGUACUGUAGGAGGAGCGAGGGGAAGGAAGCUGGGUCUGAAGGUACUGUAGGAGGAGCGAGGGGAAGGAAGCUGGGCCUGAAGGUACUGUAGGAGGAGCGAGGGGAAGGAAGCUGGGCCUGAAGGUACUGUAGGAGGAGCGAGGGGAAGGAAGCUGGGCCUGAAGGUACUGUAGGAGGAGCGAGGGGAAGGAAGCUGGGUCUGAAGGUACUGUAGGAGGAGCGAGGGGAAGGAAGCUGGGCCUGAAGGUACUGUAGGAGGGGAGAGGGGAAGGAAGCUGGGCCUGAAGGUACUGUAGGAGGAGCGAGGGGAAGGAAGCUGGGCCUGAAGGUACUGUAGGAGGAGCGAGGGAAAGGAAGCUGGGCCUGAAGGUACUGUAGGAGGAGCGAGGGGAAGGAAGCUGGGCCUGAAGGUACUGUAGGAGGAGCGAGGGGAAGGAAGCUGGGCCUGAAGGUACUGUAGGAGGGGAGAGGGGAAGGAAGCUGGGCCUGAAGGUACUGUAGGAGGAGCGAGGGGAAGGAAGCUGGGCCUGAAGGUACUGUAGGAGGAGCGAGGGGAAGGAAGCUGGGCCUGAAGGUACUGUAGGAGGAGCGAGGGGAAGGAAGCUGGGUCUGAAGGUACUGUAGGAGGAGCGAGGGGAAGGAAGCUGGGCCUGAAGGUACUGUAGGAGGGGAGAGGGGAAGGAAGCUGGGCCUGAAGGUACUGUAGGAGGAGCGAGGGGAAGGAAGCUGGGUCUGAAGGUACUGUAGGAGGAGCGAGGGGAAGGAAGCUGGGCCUGAAGGUACUGUAGGAGGAGCGAGGGGAAGGAAGCUGGGCCUGAAGGUACUGUAGGAGGAGCGAGGGGAAGGAAGCUGGGCCUGAAGGUACUGUAGGAGGGGAGAGGGGAAGGAAGCUGGGCCUGAAGGUACUGUAGGAGGAGCGAGGGAAAGGAAGCUGGGCCUGAAGGUACUGUAGGAGGAGCGAGGGGAAGGAAGCUGCCCAGCCAACCUUUCAGCUCUUGUGUUUUAGUCUCUUCUCCCUAGCCAACCUUUCAGCUCUUGUGUUUUAGUCUCUUCUCCCUAGCCAACCUUUCAGCUCUUGUGUUGUAGUCUCUUCUCCCUAGCCAACCUUUCAGCUCUUGUGUUGUAGUCUCUUCUCCCUAGCCAACCUUUCAGCUCUUGUUGUAGCCCUCCUCAAUUUAAUUAACUGAAUGUCUAUCCAAUACUGUUUACUUUAGUGGAUGUGAACAGUAGGCUAUUAAUUGAAUGCUACACUGUAGACGUCAUAGUCAAUUUACAUUUAUGUAUUUAUUCGAUCUGUCUAUAUUUUAACUAGAAUAUUGGCGUAUAUUUUAAGUUGUGAAUUUUUAAGGAGAAGCACUCGUCAUAGCUCUUGUGCUAAUAUGAAUCUCCAUUAUUUCACUUCUAGUACUCACAAAAGGAGGACAAAUACGAAGAGGAAAUCAAAGUUCUUACUGACAAACUUAAAGAGGUGGGUACUGUAGGAUCACCAUAGCUAAUUGAGAAAAUCUAAUAUUUUCUAUGAAAUCAAUUUUAGUAUGAAUGGUGCUUCAAAUGGUAUCUUAAAGCCUCUCUUUUUUAAAUCUUCCCACUCUAUAACCCAAUGUUAACCAACAUGUUACGUGGAUACAACGUAAUUUGGUGCUUGGAAAAAUGUAUUUGAAACGCAUUGUGCUCCGAUGCUUUUUUUUUUUUUUCAGGCUGAGACCCGUGCUGAGUUUGCAGAGAGGUCUGUGGCUAAGCUUGAGAAGACCAUUGAUGAUUUGGAAGGUACGUUUUCAACGCUCCUUUCAUUCACAACCAUUAACUCCUCCUCUUGGAGUUCCCUGUAGCUGACGCCACUAACUGCAUUUUCACUUUAAAUGCAUCCCAAGUGGCACACUAUUCCCAAUAUAGUGCACUUCGUUUGACCAGAGCCCUAUGGGAAAAGGGCGCCAUUUGGACGCACACUUUUGUUUACUUUGUGAAAGCGUGACAGAUGUUUCACUAACAGAAAGAUUUGCUCCUAUAACCAUGAGUUGUAACACUGAAGCCUGUUGGGUACCUUCGCAUGACUUGUUCGUAGUGUAUUUUAGCAUUAGGUAACAUAGCUGUAAGUUUCAAUCAUUAAUGAAGUCCCUUAAUACAAUCGAGCAGCAUUGCAGAUAGUAAUUUCCAAGUUACCUUCCAACUUUGAGGACCAUUAGAAACAAAGGUGCUCCGAUGUGAAUGGAUUUAUUAAUAUAUUGGUUUAAUAGAUUAACCAAUUAAUUUGUAGAUUAACCCCCAUUAACCUGGCUCUGUUGUCGAGGGAUCCAAUUGGAUCAGAUUGCAGUUGAAACCAAUGAUGGGCUUUCCGUAUGAUUGUGCCAGAUAGACAAAUGUGUAGAUUCUGAAUCUUUAGCUCAAGAAUAAUAGUGUGCCUGUACGGCUGCGUUUACACAGGCAGCCUAUAAUUCUGAACUUUUCCACUAGCUGGACUUUUUUGACCAAUCAGAUCAGCUCCUUUGCCAAUAAUUGGGCAAAAGAUCAGAAUUGGGCUGCCUGUGUGAACGCAGCCUAACUGUGGAGCCACAGAUUCACAUUCGAUUGCUUAUCCUGUCUGGUUAUGCAGAUUAGUGUUGCCUUAUCUCAUAUUGAUUUAUUUUAAUUUUUAUAUUGAUCAGUUUGACUGAUCGAUUAGAUUCUAUAAGAAAUACUGAAAACUCAGUUGAAGGUUAGAUUUGAGUUGUAGUACUUGGACUACGAGCAACUUUGGGUUUUUUCCAAGGUUUUGCCUUAUUUCUGACUUACCUAAGGGUGUUGUUGAUUCAUCCACACAGUUACUCAAUCAAUUUAGUUGUUAUUUAGCAACGAGAAUGGGCUUGUUGUGGAGAGCUUAAUGUCUUGUUGCGUUUUUGACAGACUUUGGAAAUGUCAUGUGUGAGUAGGUAUUAUCUGGUGUAUUGUUCCAGGAGUUUGAAGUAGGGGUGUGACCGUUUAAUUUUUUAAAAACGAAAUUGGGAUCCUUAACAUUAAGAAAAACCCCAAAACAAUGUUUUAUUUUUUUGUCCCCCCCCCACCACACAAAGUUAGAAUCUCAGCGCAGUUAUCACAAAACAUAUUACUUUCCAUGUUAUAGCCUACAGUGAGGGAAAAAAAGUAUUUGAUCCCCUGCUGAUUUUGUACGUUUGCCCACAGACAAAGACAUGAUCAGUCUGUAAUUUUAAUGGUAGGUUGAUUUGAACAGUGAGAGACAGAAUAACAACAAAAAAAUCCAGAAAAACGCAUGUCAAAAAUGUUAUAAAUUGAUUUGCAUUUUAAUGAGGGAAAUAAGUAUUUGACCCCUCUGCAAAACAUGGCUUAGUACUUGGUGGCAAAACCCUUGUUGGCAAUCACAGAGGUCAGACGUUUCUUGUAGUUGGCCACCAGGUUUGCACACAUCUCAGGAGGGAUUUUGUUCCACUCCUCUUUGCAGAUCUUCUCCAAGUCAUUAAGGUUUCGAGGCUGACGUUUGGCAACUCGAACCUUCAACUCCCUCCACAGAUUUUCUAUGGGAUUAAGGUCUGGAGACUGGCUAGGCCACUCCAGGACCUUAAUGUGCUUCUUCUUGAGCCACUCCUUUGUUGCCUUGGUCGUGUGUUUUGGGUCAUUGUCAUUCUGGGAUACCCAUCCACGACCCAUUUUCAAUGCCCUGGCUGAGGGAAGGAGGUUCUCACCCAAGAUUUGACGGUACAUGGCCCCGUCCGUCGUCCCUUUGAUACGGUGAAGUUGUCCUGUCCCCUUAACAGAAAAACACCCCCAAAGCAUAAUGUUUCCACCUCCAUGUUUGACAGUGGGGAUGGUGUUCUUGGUCAUAGGCAGCAUUCCUCCUCCACCAAACACGGCGAGUUGAGUUGAUGCCAAAGAGCUCGAUUUUGGUCUCAUCUGACCACAACACUUUCACCCAGUUCUCCUCUGAAUCAUUCAGAUGUUCAUUGGCAAACUUCAGACGGCCAUGUAUAUGUGCUUUCUUGAGCAGGGGGACCUUGCGAGCGCUGCAGGAUUUAAGUCCUUCACGGCGUAGUGUUACACCAAUUGUUUUCUUGGUGACUAUGGUCCCAGCUGCCUUGAGAUCAUUGACAAGAUCCUCCCGUGUAGUUCUGGGCUGAUUCCUCACGGUUCUCAUGAUCAUUACAACUCCACGAGGUGAGAUCUUGCAUGGAGCCCCAGGCCGAGGGAGAUGGACAGUUAUUUUGUGUUUCUUCCAUUUGCGAAUAAUCGCACCAACUGUUGUCACCUUCUCACCAAGCUGCUUGGCGAUGGUCUUGUAGCCCAUUCCAGCCUUGUGUAGGUCUACAAUCUUGUCCCUGACAUCCUUGGAGAGCUCUUUGGUCUUGGCCAUGGUGAAGAGUUUGGAAUCUGAUUGAUUGCUUCUGUGGACAGGUGUCUUUUAUACAGGUAACAAGCUGAGAUUAGGAGCACUCCCUUUAAGAGUGUGCUCCUAAUCUCAGCUCGUUACCUGUAUAAAAGACACCUGGGAGCCAGAAAUCUUUCUGAUUGAGAGGGGGUCAAAUACUUAUUUCCCUCAUUAAAAUGCAAAUCAAUUUAUAACAUUUUUCACAUGCGUUUUUCUGGCUUUUUUUUUUGUUAUUCUGUCUCUCACUGUUCAAAUAAACCAACCAUUAAAAUUAUAGACUGAUCAUUUCUUUGUCAGUGGGCAAAUGUACAAAAUCAGCAGGGGAUCAAAUACUUGUUUCCCUCACUGUAACUAGAGGAUAGGAUAUAAAGGCCUGGGGAAAGUUGUGGAAUUUAAAUAAAACCAAAAGGAAGAGGUGAACUUUAGGCUACGUUGGUGAAUUUGCGAGGCGUGCGAAACAUAUGACCAUUUCUCCUACUGCCUGCCCCCUGCGCUGUCUCCCUCGCACUGGCUCGCUUGGGGUGUAUUCAUUACGCCCAUUACGUUACAAAACAUUUCUUAAACUGAAGCAAACGAAACUGGGAUGGACCUACCUGAAUUUGUCCAAUUGAAACUCUUGUUUUAGUUACUGUUUGGACUAAUGAUUACACCCCUGUUCCUUCUCUUCCCUAAUUAUGCGAGUGUGUGUGUUCAGUCUUCGGUCUGCUGCGUGUAGAAUAUCCUAGCCUAUUCAUUGAUGAUAGGCCCUGCUUUACUGAAGUUGCGAGACAUUGAAAGCCAAGAAAUUGCGAGAUACAGCUUUUGAUUGCAGAUAGAUAAGCCUAGUGCAUGGUUUCCCAAACUUGGUCAAACACUUUCUAAGUCUUUGGUGAACGUUGAGCUUUAGUUGAUUUAAACUGGAGUGUGUUGUGUUAACCGUUUGAUUCUGUGUUAAUGAUGCACACCAUAUUAAUAUUCUAACAUUUUUGUAAUUUGGUUGAUUUUAUUUAUUAUUUUCAAUUUUUUGUAAAGUAUUUGAUUGUCGGAUUGCUACUGCCUAGGGAAUUUGGUGGAAAAGCUAUUUUGGAAUUUGCAUUUUAUUAUCAGUUCUUUACAUAUGCAUAAUCAUCCUUUUUGAAGUUAUGAUUUAUCAGUUAUCUUACUUUCUUGAACUCUUUUUUUUUUAUCACUCACCUUGUUCUGUUUCCAUCUUGUGCGUCUUUCUGUCCGUCCAUCUAUCUGUCCAUCCCCCCCCUCCAGACGAGGUGUACGCUCAGAAGCUGAAGGGUAAAGCCCUCAGUGAGGAGCUUGACCUGGCUCUCAACGACAUGACCACACUCUAGACGCUCCUUCCCUCACUCCUCUUCUUCCUCCUCCUCUCUGACGCUCUCCACCUCCAUCUGGCACUCCUGGGGUUCAAACAUCCUCCACUUCCUUUCUGUCCUUUUUUUUCAUUCCACAACUUUUCAGACAGAACUGUGAUCGAUCUCUUUCUCUCAAUACCCUUGGUUACGAAAUGUGAAUGGCGAAUACAAUUUAAAAAAAAGUCGUAACUAAGUUUACAAGACUUGCUGAUUUCAAAAUACCAAGGGAUAUAAAUGUGGCCCCAGGCAGACCCCCCCCCCCCCCCCCCCCCCACCCCUGUGUCAAACCCAUUCCCCCUUCCUUUUAGUUUCGCUCCCUACUGUUGUCAGGUGUCAGCAUUGUUCAGUGAUCCUCGUACAUUUCUAUAGAUGCAUAUAGGACAACCCAGCCCCAGCCCCACAGGGUCCAUACCUCUCCAAAGAUCUGGGUUAGGCUUGGUCUUCUGUAUUGAUAUAUAUAUAUAUAUACACUUGUCCCGUAGUUUCCUUUUCUCUUCCUGUGUAAUAAAUGUCCUGAAACACUUCUCUUGAUACUGCUCCUGUUUUCUGUCAUUAUCUGCAUUUGGUUUCUCAUCAUAAUCACCUAAUAAAGUUUAGAAUGUUGGUUGCCGACGGUUACAAUCCACUAACUAAGCCACAAUAUUUGCCAUACCAAUUUACCUGACUAUACUCAGGGUACAUGGUGUUUAUUUGGCUAAAUUUAAUAUAGCCUACAUUUUUUUUGACUACCUUUACCGUUUUAGAGAAUUUUAAAAUAUUCAGGAUUCAUAUUAGAUUAAAUCUGAACUGUUGUAAAAUGUUACGAUGAAGAUACACAAGUUAUUUGGUGAAUGACUUCUUUGAAGAUACAAGGGAAUCGGUGUGAAUUAAUCUCAAUUCAGUACUGUUCUCACCACACCAUAUUAAUGGUUUAACAUUUAAUCUGUCAUUAUCUGACCAACCCUGACACAGGGCAUCAAAACAAAUCUGAACAAUUCAUCUGAUUUAUAACCACUGAACCAAUUAUCUCUCUUAAUGAUUAAGGGAACAUGAAAUUAAGUUUUAAAUUGAGAAUUAUCCUGUCUAAAGAAACCUUCGGCUCAGUACUUUGGAGAAUCUUAGAAGGGAUUUGCUGUAUCCCUCUUUUACCACCUUACUUAUCCCCUGACCCCAGUAAUAUGAAUAUGUAUUGCUUCCUACUAUAGUUGCUUAAAGGAAAAUUACACCCAAAAACUAUCUUUUGGUAGUUGUUUCAUUAGUCCAUUGUUGACAGUCCCAAAAUGUUUUGUUUGUCAGCAAUCAAGUUUUCAAGAUAUGUAACUUUUUGAAAAUACAGAAGUCAUCCCUGUAUGAUGCGUUUUGCAUCAUAUGACGCUGCGUUUUGCAUGAUGCUGCUAUGUUUUGUAUCGUAUUUUGAUAAUUACAUAUCUUAACUUGAUUGCUGACAAGCAAAACAUUUUGGGACUAUGUCAACCAUGGACUAAUGAAACAAAUACCAAAAUAUAGUUUUUUGGGGGGGUGGAAUUUUCCUUUAAUGUCUUGUAGUGAUUGAUCAAUUCAAGACAUUCAAGCAUUGUCAAGUGAGCUGUAAUUGCUAUAGAUGCUGAUUACCUCUGUCAGACGAAAAAAAAGCAACUUCCGGCUGUUCUUUUUUUUCUUGUCUUUCAUUGCCCUGUGACCUUUUUAUUGCACUAACCCUUCCCUCUUUCUCUUCCUUUUCUCUCUCUUUCUGUAUCUUCACACUGGCUUUCAUUGACUCUUCUGGCGCCACAGAACAUUAUCACAAGGAGGUGGAGAAAAGCCGCAUUCUCAGUAACGAACUGAGGGUUGUUCUGAAUGAGCUUAACAGCUGAGUCUGGGACAGAAGCUUUUGCAAACUUCCUUCCACUAUCCCACUCUUCCAAUAUGCACUUGUCUCUGAUUUUAAACUUGGAACCGAUUUUCUCAUACCCCACUAGAAGGGACUGGUCGUACUUUGUUCAGUAUGCUUUCAUUAGUGUGUUUAAAAAUAUAUAUAUAUAUGUUUACAUUGAAGUAAUUUGCAAUCAUGACAUUCAAGUAAUUGACAAAUCAUAUGAACAUGUGUUUCAAAUUCAUCAAGGGAAUUGAGUGAGAAUGAAUUUGCCCCAAACUUGGGGUGUUGUGUAUAAUUGGGUACUAGUACAUUAAUUGAUCCCCCCCCCCCCCAAAAAAAAAAAAUCAUGUCACCUUUUUGUAUGAAAUUUGGUUCCAAGUUUUUCAGAAUUAGGAAAGUUAGUUUUUCACAAAGUUGAGGAUACUCACUUGCUGCACAUUGUAGAGUUCCACUGCUAAGACUUGAGGGAGUUUAAUGGAGCAAAUGUAGCACUUUGGACUGGACACAUCCCACACUUGAAGUUUCAAAGCUUUCACAGGAUGUGGAAUAAUUAGCACUUAUCUGGAAUAAUGGUUUUCAGGAUUGCACAGUUCGCUGUAAAACUUCAGAUUGUUUGCAUGCAAUCCUACCUACAGUGGGGGAAAAAAAGUAUUUAGUCAGCCACCAAUUGUGCAAGUUCUCCCACUUAAAAAGAUGAGAGAGGCCUGUAAUUUUCAUCAUAGGUACACGUCAACUAUGACAGACACAUUGAGGGAAAAAAAAUCCAGAAAAUCACAUUGUAGGAUUUUUAAUGAAUUUAUUUGCAAAUUAUGGUGGAAAAUAAGUAUUUGGUCACCUACAAACAAGCAAGAUUUCUGGCUCUCACAGACCAGUAACUUCUUCUUUAAGAGGCUCCUCUGUCCUCCACUCGUUACCUGUAUUAAUGGCACCUGUUUGAACUUGUUAUCAGUAUAAAAGACACCUGUCCACAACCUCAAACAGUCACACUCCAAACUCCACUAUGGCCAAGACCAAAGAGCUGUCAAAGGACACCAGAAACAAAAUUGUAGACCUGCACCAGGCUGGGAAGACUGAAUCUGCAAUAGGUAAGCAGCUUGGUUUGAAGAAAUCAACUGUGGGAGCAAUUAUUAGGAAAUGGAAGACAUACAAGACCACUGAUAAUCUCCCUCGAUCUGGGGCUCCACGCAAGAUCUCACCCCGUGGGGUCAAAAUGAUCACAAGAACGGUGAGCAAAAAUCCCAGAACCACACGGGGGGACCUAGUGAAUGACCUGCAGAGAGCUGGGACCAAAGUAACAAAGCCUACCAUCAGUAACACACUACGCCGCCAGGGACAAAAAAUCCUGCAGUGCCAGACGUGUCCCCCUGCUUAAGCCCGUCUGAAGUUUGCUAGAGUGCAUUUGGAUGAUCCAGAAGAUGAUUGGGAGAAUGUCAUAUGGUCAGAUGAAACCAAAAUAGAACUUUUUGGUAAAAACUCAACUCGUCGUGUUUGGAGGACAAAGAAUGCUGAGUUGCAUCCAAAGAACACCAUACCUACUGUGAAGCAUGGGGGUGGAAACAUCAUGCUUUGGGGCUGUUUUUCUGCAAAGGGACCAGGACGACUGAUCCGUGUAAAGGAAAGAAUGAAUGGGGCCAUGUAUCGUGAGAUUUUGAGUGAAAACCUCCUUCCAUCAGCAAGGGCAUUGAAGAUGAAACGUGGCUGGGUCUUUCAGCAUGACAAUGAUCCCAAACACACCGCCCGGGCAACGAAGGAGUGGCUUUGUAAGAAGCAUUUCAAGGUCUUGGAGUGGCCUAGCCAGUCUCCAGAUCUCAACCCCAUAGAAAGUCUUUGGAGGGAGUUGAAAGUCUGUGUUGCCCAGCGACAGCCCCAAAACAUCACUGCUCUAGAGGAUAUCUGCAUGGAGGAAUGGGCCAAAAUACCAGCAACAGUGUGUGAAAACCUUGUGAAGACUUACAGAAAACGUUUGACCUGUGUCAUUGCCAACAAAGGGUAUAUAACAAAGUAUUGAGAAACUUUUGUUAUUGACCAAAUACUUAUUUUCCACCAUAAUUUGCAAAUAAAUUCAUAAAAAAUCCUACAAUGUGAUUUUCUGGAGAAAAAAAAUCUAAUUUUGUCUGUCAUAGUUGACGUGUACCUAUGAUGAAAAUUACAGGCCUCUCUCAUCUUUUUAAGUGGGAGAACUUGCACAAUUGGUGGCUGACUAAAUACUUUUUUCCCCCACUGUAUAUACUCUAAAGCCUGUAGACUUACAUGUAUAGAUAAUGGUAUACCUUAGCCAAAAAUACAUAUAAUGGCAUGACAUCUGCCUCGUUUCGCUAUUGCUCAGACUGUUAUAUGUAUGCAUCCAAAGUCAAUGAAAUGUAAACUUUGUUAAGCUUUACACAGGCUUGAAACUACCCAGGUUCAUGUAUUUCUUCAAAGGUAGAGUUGUAGUUUAGUGUGAUGAAACACCUUUUUUUUUUAUUAUUAUCAUUUAAGUAUUAUAGUACUUAAACAUACUUAUACAUACGAAGUAUGCACUGGGUGCAGUAUUACAUUUCUGGGGUUGUAGUUUCUCCACUUGGCUUCGCUAAAAGUUACCCCUAAUUAUAUCCACACCCAUUCGUUUACAUAGAUUCCUUCUUUGGGUGUUUCCCUAAGUAACUUCACUAUUUUGCAUGCUGUGCUAUAGCGAAUUUGGCUCAUUCCAAGUUGUGCUAAAUUUACAUCAUGACUUACCACAAGUUAGCUGGCCUAAAUAUACAUCUUUAGCCUGCUUGUAUUGACUAGCGUUACUUUCAUUGCACCAAGUAUCUUCACGUUUAGCUUCCCUCACCACCUGGCCCAUUUGAGUGGCAUGACUAACAGAAAGCAUCUGCUGUCCUAUGGUAACGCUCCAUUGUGCACACUGAAAUUGAAACCUCACCUGACAUUCUGUGCACACAAGGAGCACUGUCCUCUCAUUGGGUCUGGGAAGGCACUCUCUAUGGUGACUCACCAAUAUGUAGAAGACGUCUGAACUAAGAAUGAAACAAAAGUCUAGAUUAGAUUGGCUGUCCUGGAAACCUUAAAUCUCCCCUCUCACUGCAUUAUUAUAGAACUUGGAUCUUUUCAACAGUCUUUAUCUAUUUUUGUGUUUUUUUCCCACCUGUGCUUCUUAGCGACCACAUUCGCUGUUUAACUGACACAAACGUAUUACUGCAAUUUACAUGAACACACUUGAUAAUGUGAAUGUGUAAAAUACAGGAUGCUUUUGAAUCACAAUGUUAGACAGUGCUGUUUUAAUUUUGAUGUCCAUGUUUCAUUGUCCUGUUUCCUGAGCCAACUGAGACCUUGCUUGUCGGGGUGCUUCACCUGUGCUUUUGUUUCCCCAUCAUCAGAGAAACUGGCUACAGCUAAAGAGGAGAACUUAGACAUGCACCAAACCCUGGACCAAACCCUCCUGGAGCUCAACAAUCUAUAAAGAGAGUUCCGUCUGUCUGGACCGACGAACAAGAGUCCUAAAACAAAGAAAAACGCAAAGCUUUUAUAAUGCUCAUUUGAUACACACUUGACCAAAUCCUUUAGUUGACUUGCCCCUUUGGGAACAGGACAGUCUUCACUUGGCUUUAAUAGUAGCAAAAGGCUUAUGAACAAGGCAUUCCGUUUUAGUUAAUAUGAGGGUCUCUUGCACACAUGCUAAUUAAUGGCAAACGCAUGCUGGCUACAGAAGUUAACAUGGUUCAGUAAAUCAGCAGAACAACUAGUUGAACAGCAUAGAGUUGUAUGCUACUGAGGUUGCUGUUUGUAUUUAGCAUGUGAUUUGAGUCUUAAAGUUGACGUCUAUUUUCUAAUCUGACCUCUGAGGCCUCCUUGAAGAAAUGAAAUUCCAUUUGCUUUGAUGUUACCCCCAAAUCAAUUUAUUGUUAUUUUUUUGUAUUAAGUUUUUUUGUAAUCCUUCGAAACAAAUGGUAAACAUAUUCCUUACUUACUGUUUGGUAAGAUCAUGUGCCACUCACUGUUUAAAUUAAUACAGUAUAUUAUUUGUGUAGAACUGACCCAAACAGGGAAAAAGACUAGCUUUCAAAUUUAAUUUCCUCUACAUAAUAUUUUGACUAUAUAGGAUAAAUAGCAGUUUGUUAAAUGUACGUUUAGGUUAGUUUAUAUGGUUCAAAAUUACUAGCAAAGGUAUCAAAUUAAUGUAAUACAAACUAAAUACAAUAGGGACAUUUUACUUCAUUUAGACCAAUAUGUCUUACACAGGAUUCUUUUGACUAAGUUUUUGAAUUUUCAGAAUUGUUGUAGUGACCUUUUGGGGGUUUGGAUAAUAGGCUAAUAUUAGAGAUGAUGUGGUACCUCAUUCUAAUCA